AUGCACUUCAAAAGGGAGCAUCACACCCUCUUCAGAAUGUCAAAUCCAGAGUUCCUUCUCACCAAAGUUGACAAAGAGAGCGGUUUCGAGAUUGUGAAGAGACCCGUGUUGGAGUUUCAAAGUGAGAGCAUUGAAACCCUUUCUAGCACCUCACAAAGCACAAAAGAUAGCAAUCAAGAGAAAGAAGAAAAUCAACAGAUCGGUAGAGUAACAGUUCACAAACAAGAUGAUUCAGCAUCAAGUACUACUCCGUCAUCAGAAGAAAAAGUUGAAGAUGAGGAAGAAGAUGGUUUCAAAACUCCCACUUCUUUGGACCACAAGAUUUUGGUGCCCUCUCAGUGCCCACCUGCACCAAGAAAAAUCAAAUCAUCUCUGAAAAGAAAAGCUUCUUGUUACAACCACUGCAACUGCAGACACCCACUUGAUCUGUCAAAAGAGGUGUUUGAAUUAUUGUUCCCAACACAACAUAUUAGUCCACUUUCUGGCUCACAGCAAAGCACCAAGAGAGUUCGAAGACAGGAUCAUAAUUGA